AUGAGCAACAAAAUGCGGGCUAUGGCCAUCAAGGGCUAUGGGAAAAACUCUCCUUUGGUGGAAAUGGAAUUUCCUAUUCCUGACGUGAAGGAGCAUGAUGUGCUGAUUGAAAUUCAUGCUGCCAGUGUGAACCCCAUCGACUUCAAAAUCCGCAAUGGUGAUGUGAGGCUGCUCAUGUCUUCGCCGAUGCCUUUUAUCCUAGGCAACGAUCUAUCUGGUGUUGUCAAGCAGGUUGGAGGGCAGGUAACAAAAUUUCGUGUGGGUGAUAAAGUCUACACGCGACCACCGCAUGACCGCUCAGGCACCUUUGCUGAGUUUAUCGCUGUGAACGAAGAUCAUGUCGCACCCAUGCCCAAAGGCAUGAGUUUUGAGGACGCUGCUAGCAUCCCUCUUGUGGGCCUUACUGCUUACCAAGCUCUGCACGACUGUCUCCACGCAAAGCAAGGUGAUAAAGUUCUAAUUCAUGCUGGUGCUGGUGGUUUUGGAACAUUUGCUAUCCAACUAGCAAAACAAAUGGGCCUUUAUGUGGCAACAACCGCAAGUGAGAAAGGGCAUGAUCUGGUCAAAUCGCUAGGUGCCGAUGAAAUCGUCAACUAUCGUACGGAGAAGUUUGAAGAGAAGCUCCAUGACUACGAUGGUGUUAUCGAUACCAUCGGUGGUAACACUUUGCUGAAUUCUUUCAAGGUUGUGAAGAAAGGACAUAAGGUUGUUUCGAUUAGUGCUAUUCCCGAUGGUGAAUUCGGUCGAAAGCACCGCCUUGGUUUUGUUGUUACUUCUCUAUUACGCCUGGCCUCUGCCCGUAUUGUCUACAACGCUUCAUGCCAGGGUGCUGUGUAUGAAUUCCUUCUUAUGCAGGAAAACGGAUCUCAGCUCCGUGAAAUUACCAAACUAGUUGAGGACGGAAAGAUCAAGCCUGUCAUCGAUCGUGUCUAUUCGUUUGAGGAGGCGCAACAAGCUCUACACUAUGUUGAAUCUGGUCGUGCGAAAGGCAAAGUGGUCAUCAAGGUUCACCCCAACUAA